GGUGAUGACGGAAAGAGAAAAAAAUAUACAGGAAGAGAGAGAGAAAGAGAGAGUAUUCUUUGAUUGUUGUCUGAAGCCACACCCUUAGGUGGCCUUGGAAUCUCCUCCCUUAAGGUUAAAAGCAUAAGGAAUUAAAGGGUGUGAUUGCAAACUGCAGAGUAUUAGACAGGUAUUAAGACCUGAGCUUUAGUGAGAAUUGGCAUUAUCUGUCCGGCAAGUCACAGAAGCUUUUGUGGAGGUGAAGUUACAAAAUGAGCAGGUAUUCAUCCCAGACUUCCAAGAGCACCUCUUCUCUGCUGAAAGACGGUAGCUGGAUCAAAAAAAUGGAUGAUGAGGAUGAAGCUAUUGACCAAGACCAAAACUUUGCCAAAACUGUUCUAGGCCGGUACAGAUCCAAUGAAGCACUUGACAGUUCAGAGGCUGAAGAAUCAAAAAACAACAAAACUAUAAGCACUUCAACAUCUGUGCAGGCUCUCAGCAAGAGAUUCAGCGGAAGUCAGGAUGAGCUGAGGAGCGGCAAGACUACAUCCUCCUAUACCAAAAGCACAUAUUCAACCUUGAAGUCAGAUUCUCCCAAAACCACCACCACAUCCAAGACUACUGUCACAGAGGAACCUAAGAAAGGCACCACAACCACUACGAUCACCAAGGACGGCAAAACCACCACUGAGACCACCAUCACCACCACCCAGAGUGUUAGAUCCCCUGUGUUGAAAAAUCCCACCAAGACCGAGACGUUCACUGAGCGGGUCAAGUCUUCAAGCAAAGGGCUGAGCCCAACCUACUCACCUACCAAAACAACCAAAGUGACUGAGACAACUGUUACCAGCAAUAAAGAUGCGGAGGACAAACUUUAUGACAAACUCAUCCCCUCGUUUAUCAAGGAUGAUUUCUCACCCAUGGACAGCAAAACAACUGUCUCCACGACUGAGACUGUGCUGGUGAAAAGCAGCACUGACAUUAAUGCGGAGAACAAAUAUUACGAUAAACCCAUCCCCUCGUCUAUCAAGGAAGAUUUCUCACCCAUGGACAGCAAAACAACUGUCUCCAGUACCAAGACUAUGACAGUGAAAAGCAGUGGUAAUGGAGAUGGUAUUAAAACUACAACCACGACAAGGACUUCCUCUAUGGCUGAGGAUGACCUGUAUGGCACCCUUUUGCCAAAAUCCAUGACAUCUGAUCUGCCUUCUCCUGUCAGAGAAGGAAACCCAGCUCUGGCAUCACCAUCCUCCACCCAGAAAACCAGCAGCUACAAAUCGUACAAUGAUGAUAUUCCCUCCACCCGCACCACCUCCUACACCGUCAGUAGCAGCAGUGAUGACUACAGCAGCGACCGUAAAAGCUACUCUUACUCCAGACCAGACUCCAGUUAUGAGUACAGCAGUGUCACCAGUCCCUCUGUCUACAGCACAACAUCAUACAGGAGCAGCAGCAGGUCAGAUGACAGUCUGGGAGAUCCAAUCUACUCUAAAUCCUCCAUGACGAAUGUGUAUGCAUCUCCUGAAAGGACAGUGCUUGAGAAAGACCUGUGCACCAUCUGCCGUAAGCCCUUCACUAGUGAUGCCAAGAUGGUCCUGGAUGAGAUGAAGAUCAACUGCCACGCUUCCUGCUUUAAAUGUGAGGUGUGUAACAGCACUCUGGGUAAUAUGAAAGCUGGGGACAGCAUGUGGAUCUACAAACGCAUGGUGCACUGUGAGAACUGCUUUGAGAUCACCAGAGAUAAAUGGAGACGCUAAGUUUUUCCUUAAGCCUUCACUGGAGAUGCAGCUCAUGUGGUUAAAGAUAAAAUGGAUUACUGUUUAUCAAUAUAUUUUGGGUGACAUGGGUUGUCCUGUACAUGUUUCUGCAAGCUGACAGAGCUUUAUCUGGGUGUUUUGACAAAUGUCAGUUACAUUAUAAAUAAUUUUAGUAACAUGCACACACUAUUGCAGCUAGUUUUAACUGUGUUGUUGACACCAUGAUAUUGCUGUUUCUGUAUCUACCCCUUUCACAAAUUUAAAAUAGUAUUUCUGAUAUGCAGCCUUUAGGGGGACUCGUGUGUAAUAUGACGGGAGAUAUUGCAAGAUUUAUGGCCGGGGGCUUUUUCUGUGUGCAAUAAAGGCAAUCAACAUAUCUUCAUCUAAAGAAAUUAGUAAAAAUGUGUCAAUUAUUUUGGUGUUAAGUUAACCUGUUUUUUGUUCAUAAUUAUUCUUAUGUAUGAUGAAUGGUGAUCUGAGGUAUAUUUGUUUUCUUUUUAGUGUCAUAAAAUGUACCAUUUGAAAUUAAGUUAUUUAACAGAAUUAAUUAUAUUUUAAUAGAUUGUCUUUCAUUUAAGAGAAUACAGUUUAAUAUUGUAUCAAUGUGUUCUCUUUCUCAGAUGUAUUUUAUACAGUAUACUAGCAGGGAUAGUCCGGGUUUUUUUUCUUGUGUUCUUUGCUUGAUUACGUGAUAACCUUGCCACAGAUUUGCUGGAAAUAUUUCUUUGUAUUCAUGAAGAGGUUUUUGCCAUAGCACUGACUAACAAGUGAACCUUUUUAAUACAGACGUAGCCCAUUUGACCUAAAAUUUCUGCCCAAUCCCUUCCUAAAACCUGGAUUGGGUUGCACUAGCUAUUCAGAAAUUCAUAAGUUUGUGUGUGUGAAAUCCUUACUAAGUGCUUAGUAACUAUUUGCUAGUUUAAAAGCUUGAUUCGAGCUGCACCAAUACAACUUUAAUGUCUUAGCCAGUACAGUCUUUACUAAUGUGUAAUGCUUUGUUCUCCCAAUAUAUAAACAGCCACAUGUACACAAGUCUGUAAACCACAUAUGAGUAGGCUGUUGCAAUUUAUAAAUUACUUUCUGUUAUACUUAUGACCUGAUGCUAGAUCAGUAAAAUAAUUGGUAUUAGUCAUAUUACCACAAUAAUUGCAAUGAAUGGGUUGUUAGGAAACAUUUGUAGCACACUCCAAUCAAAAGCAAUCAACUAUGGAAACAGAAAGGCUCUGUAGCAUCACAAACUGUACCAUUAUUGCCAAAAAUAACAGUUGUAAUAAUGUUUUUAGUGGGCCUAGCCAUAUGUUAAACUUAACUGCCUAUUUGUUUGUUUUAUUUAUAAAUGCAUACACGGAGAAAUGUGUUUCAAAGUUAGCAAUAUUCAUGACCUUUAGAGUGAGAGGGAACUAUCUUAUUAUGCUAACCUAACCAAUUAUUAGCAUAACAUUUUGUUAUUUGAUGUGUUAUUUUUGUGAAAUUUAAUUUAACAUUUUCAGUUAUCAUUAUUAAACAUAAUUUUAUCAAG